GUUUCUGGUUGCGGGACAUCACCGUGUUGUUGUGUUUUGUCGAGUGAAAACUGCGGUUCUGGUCCUGCUGGGCUCCAAGUCUGAGCUUCUGCUGCAGCCACAGCAUCUUCUCCAUCCGCAUCCUGAGAGUGGAGGACGGCGAGCCGCCACCAGUCCACGCCGUCAGCGCGUUGUGUCUGUGCCACCUGGCAGGCUCUGAGCGCAGCUCCAGGACCCAGAACAAAGGAGAGGACCUGAAGGAGGCUGGAAACAUCAACGCCUCGCUGCUCAUUCUGGGCAAAUGCAUCAAGGCUCUGCAGCACAACCAGCACACCAGGUGGAGGUUGUGAUCUCCAGGCUCCUCCCCGUCGUUCCUCCUGCUUCCUGCAGCAGGAAGACGCUGCAGAGCAGCAGCAGCUCCCUGACCGGCUGGGAAGCCAGUCUGGAAGACCUUCAGCAGGGUGAAGACCAAGACUCCAGUCUGAUGGAGGACAGCAUGGAGGAGACGGCUGACAAGUUUCAGCUGCUGCUUCAGUCUGGAGGAAAUCCUGAGCCGCUCGCUGUGGACAGAACAUGUGAAUCAACCCAGUGCAGCUGCUGUGAACAUCUGGACCUGGUGUCAGCAGAACCAGAGCUGGAGGCCAAGCAGCGGGUGAUGGAGGACAUGCGUCUGGCCCUGACUGAGCAGGAGGAGACCCAGGAGCAGAUGGAGCAGCUCCUGGAGGAGAAGAUGGGGCUCCUCCAGGAGCUCUCUGCUGAGGUAAACAGGCUGAAGGAGAAGGUGCUGCAGCAGAACCAGGGAGCCGGCGGGCCCUCAGAGGACCUGGACCUGGCCAAGGAUGAAGCUUCACGAGCUCAGGAGAGCUUAAAGAUCCUGACAGAGAAGAGCCAGGCUGAACGCAGGAGGUGGCAGGAGGAGAAGCUGUCUCUGAUUGGUCAAGCCAAAGAGGCAGAAGACAAGAGGAACCAGGAAAUGAGGAAGUUUGCAGAAGACCGAGAGCGCUACUGCCGCCAGCAGAGCCUCUUAGAGUCCAAGCUGCUGGAGAAGGAGGCGGCCAUGGAGAGCUGGAGGAAGGAGAGGGACGCCCUGGUUGCUGCCCUGGAGGUGCAGCUGCAGAAGCUGCUGUCCAGCCAAGCAGAGAAAGACAAAGUCAUCAAGGAGCUGAGUGAGCAGAGCUCAAAGCAGCCAGCAGAGGUCAGUGUGGCGCCACCGCUUCCUUCCUCCUACGUCCUGCUGUCUCCCGAUCUACGAGCAAACACCCGGAUCCCUCAUAAGCGCUCGGAGGAAGACGCUCCGCAGUCAUCUUUACGUUGACAACUGUCUGGACUACUUUGGCGAGCGGUAAGUUUAAAAUAUAUAUGAAUAUUCUCUCUUUGUUUAUUACAAAUACCGAGCAUGCUGCAAAGACGGCAGAUUGAUACGAACUCUUUCUGUUACCGUCUCGGUUUUAGCCGUUGUGUCUGUCGCUAGCUUGUACAGCGACCGUCACGCUUUUUUCAUACAGUAAUAAUAAUAUUUUACAUGAAUGUGAUCAAGUUUGCAUCUUGAUCACACUUGAUCGCGCUGUGCUGCUGCUGUAAUAAUGCGCGCUUCGCGGAGGUUGUGCGCGCCGGCCGCCCCGCUUUAGCGCUAUUCAGAUUACAGUUAUGAUCAUCACUUUAUGAAUGAUCAUAAAU